AUGAGGUUCUCACUUGCUCUUAUCGUAACAACAUUCGUUGCAUUUGUUGCCGCUGCACCACCAGCUCAUGUCAAUGCUUUGACACUCAAGUCCCGCCAGGACUGCUCCCAGCUCUGCAGGGAGGAAAACUUUUGCUGCACUUGCCCAGGCGGCGGUGGCUGCUACGAAUGCGCUGAAGGAAACGAUUCCUCUUGCGCUCAGCCUUUUGGAGAGUAG